AUGAUCAUCAGUAUUAGUCAGCGGUGAAAAACAGCGCCUUCCAAACCCCAGCAUACGGAAAAAAAUCCAUGAUUAUGGCUUUGAAAAAGCUCUAUGAGUUACGUAUAUAAUAAUAUUUGUCAACUUGAAAAUUUAAAAAAGAAUGAACAGAUCAAUAUUGCUCUGAUCAUUUCAUGAAAUCACCAUACAUAAAAUCAAAAUUGAACAAUCUAAGACAUACCCUAAAAAAUUGUUUGAGAAAACUUAAGGAAAGAGAAAAAUGGUGGCUACCAGCAAAUUAGAUACUAGUGAAGGUUCAGAGAAAUUGAAGAAAACCGAGUAUGAUCGAGCAAGUGAAGUGCAAGCUUUUGAUGAAACAAAAGCAGGUGUUAAAGGACUUGUUGAUGCUGGUGUUACAGAGAUCCCUCGUAUUUUCUAUCAUCUGGAUGAUGAACACCUGGAUAAGAGCUCAGUUUCUGAAGAUGGAAAACAGUUUAGCGUUCCGGUUAUAGACUUGGGAGGCAUUUUCGAAGAUGAUCAUGUUCGACGGAAAGAGAUCGUUGAAAGAGUAAGAGAAGCAUCAGAAACUUGGGGUUUCUUUCAAAUUGUGAACCAUGGAAUACCUGAGAGUGUUAUGGAGGAGAUUAAGAAAGGGGUUCUUAGGUUUCAUGAGCAAGAUACUGAGGUGAAGAAACAGUUUUAUACCAGAGAUCCAAUAAGACCUGUGGUUUACAAUAGCAAUUUUGAUCUGUAUAAAGCUCCAUCAACAAAUUGGAGGGAUACGUUUUUUACUCGAAUGGCCCCUACUCCUCCAAAGCCGGAAGACUUGCCUGAGGUCUGCAGAGACAUUCUUGUGGAGUAUUCGGAGAAAAUAAUGAAAGUGGGAAUUUUAUUGUUCGAGUUGUUAUCGGAGGCCCUUGGACUGAAACCGAACCACUUGAACGACAUUGAUUGUGCAGAGGGGCUUGCCGUUUCGUGCCAUUACUAUCCUCCAUGCCCACAACCAGACCUCACUUUGGGAACAAGCAAGCAUGCUGAUAAUAGCUUCAUCACUGUGCUGCUUCAGGAUCAUAUUGGUGGUCUCCAAGUUCUAUAUAACAAUCAUUGGAUUGACAUACCCUAUCAGCCUGGCCCUCUAGUAGUUAACAUUGGAGAUCUUCUUCAGCUAAUAUCAAAUGACAGAUUCAAAAGCAGUGAACACAGAGUUCUAGCAAAUCGUGAAGGUCCAAGAAUAUCAGUUGCAAGCUUUUUUGGCACAGGAAUGUUGCCAACCACGAAGCUCUAUGGACCUAUUAAGGAGUUGUUAUCAGAAGAUAAUCCUCCAAAGUACAAGCAAACUACACUGAGAGGCUAUUCUGCAUGUUACGUUCAUAAAGGCCUUGAUGGAACUUCUGCUUUGCCUCAUUUCAAGAUUUGAAACUAGCCAAGACAGAAGAAGGAUGGUCUAAAUUAAUAGUUUCUAAAUAAUAAUCUACUGCCAAAUGUUAGGUGGUUUGUGUAUGAUCAUAUGGUUGUCAAAGUUAUUUACUUCAUUAUUUCUAAUGAAAUAUUGCUGGUCCUUGAUAGCAGUGACACUAUUUGAUAGAUUUGAG